AUGGUCUCAGCUUUCCCUAAAAUAGCAAAAUUCGAUUGGAGUUUUCUAAGAGACUUACAAAAAAAAAGAAUAAAAUAUUUUUUAAUCAAGAAUGUUUUUGUGAAUGAACAAAAAAGUUUUGGAUUAAAAUAA